AUAGCUGCCCUGAAGCGUUGCAAAUAUGGCUGCCAAGUGAGGAGACUUUGAAUCUUUGGUCUUCCCCUGUGUGUUUUUACGGAAGAAAUAAAUUAAUGUGGGGUGGAAGCAAUAUUAAAGUGACAGAACAUUUGUGUCAUUUAUUUUGUAAGCAUGUCAAUGCUGUUGAUAAUUUAUAAACAGAACGGGUCCCUUUAAAUCCAGAGUAAAGUGAAGCAGGUGGGCGUGGCGUGCUCUGCACAACACAACAGUGCUGCAGGCUAAGCGAAGUCACUGCUUUUAUCUGUAGGUUUGUAUUGACUGUGAGAUGCUCCAGUUGAACGACAGCGUGGAUCCCGAGAGCCCGGGUGCGGCUGUUUUACACCCGGCAGACUGUGAUGAUGCGGCGCUUCUGACUGGAGCUUCAGUGGCCUGCUGCACCCCGCUGCAGACACUCACGCCUUUCCAUGUACACAACCCAACCAUGCGAGCUAAAGUUAAAGAUUAUUUCGUCUUCAGGACAGGAACCAUAGAGCAGGCGGUUAAUGACAUUCGCACAGUUGCUUUGCCGUCAGAAGAUGGAGAAGUUCUUAGCGUGUGGCUAUUGGCAGAAGUUGAUCACUGGAACAAUGAAAAAGAGAAAUUGGUACUUAUAACCGAGCGAUCUUUGUUGGUGUGCAAAUACGACUUCAUAAAUCUCCAGUGUCAGCAAGUGAUCCGAAUUUCCUUAAACGCCGUGGACACAAUCUCUGUUGGCGAGUUUGAGUUUCCCCCCAAAUCCCUUAACAAGAGAGAGGGAACUGGUAUUCGUGUGCAGUGGGAUAAGCGACCAAGAGCUUCAUUCAUCAAUCGUUGGAACCCGUGGUCCACUGACAUACCCUUCGCUACCUUUACUGAACACCCCAUGGCACACGCAGAUGAAAAAGUGACUUCCCUCUGCCAGCUCGAGAACUUCAAGACCCAGCUGGUGCAGGCAGUGAAGAGGGCCCAUAAAGAGUUUCCUAUCCCGGGACGAGCAAACGGGGUGCUGAUACUGGAGCGUCCACUACUGAUUGAAACUUACCUGGGCAUCAUGUCUUUUAUCAACAACGAAGCCAAACUGGGCUACUCUAUGACAAGGGGAAAAAUUGGGUUUUAACUGCAGAAUUUCUUCUCCAGUGCUCUCAUACUCUGAUCGAGUAUCGAUGAGUAAUAUUGUGACAGUAUGUAAGCUGGUUUAACUGUUGGAGGUAUUGUUAAGAGGAUGCGCCUGAAUGGACCAGAUGCCAAUCUAAGAGUCCUAUUCCUCUGUCAGUUGCCCCCAUUUUAAUGUGGCUUAAUGGAUACGGUUUGUGUGUGUGUGUGGCCUUGGCUAUUACUUUGAAGUCUAGAUGCACUGAUCUUGUUACUGCAUGCUUUGUUGACGAACACUUCCAAAAUUGUGACUUUCCAAGGGCAUCCGAUGUUAUCCCACAUGAUAAGUUAACAAUAUGGUAAUUUAUAGUUAUUUGACAAUUAGAAGGUGUUGGGAUGGUCUAGGAAAGGACAUUUGUAGAUUUUCAGGUUACUGAAUGUUGAACAGACAGAUUUUCACUAGAUAGUGGAGUUUGAGAGUUUGUCAGCUUAUACAGCACAUCUCAUUCACAAAAAGCAAGCAUUUUUAAAAAAGUGCAUGUUUUCUAAAUUAAAAGUACUACUGAGGCUUAUGUAAAAUGUGUUUCUUUCAUUUUAAUACACAAAAUACUUAAGUUGUUACACUAUGGUGUUAAUAUGCUGCACAAGGUAUACACAUUUCUGUUAUCGCUGAUAUUUUUGUGUUCUUGUAAUACCGAAGAGGUGAGAAACUACAGUAUAGGGUGGUUUCCCGGACAGGGUUUAGAUUAAUCCAGGACUAGGCCUUAUUUUAAGCACAUUUAAGUAGUUUUUACAAACAAAACUUACAAAAAAAUGGUGUGCAUCUUGGGGCAAAACAAUGGUACUGAUAUAUGUGUUAAUAUAUGUCAGUACCAUGUGUUUUGAAAUUAAGCAUCUCAAACAUGUUGCACUAACCCUGCUUGCUUUAUACAAUGUGUGUGUACAUUUAAAAGUAUCACAUUUACUUUGUUUGCAUAACAAAACCUACAAGUUCUAAUGAUUUUGCUUUCGAUAGCAUCAAGGCAGAAUGGACAUGAAUGAAAGUCGACAGGAAGCACCUUUCUAAUAUGUUGUUAAUUUUAAACGUUUGCUCUUAUUGUCAGAUCUUUCCCAGUGCAAAUUUCAAAUUGAACUUCCAGUCUUCUUGUAUAUCUGAAGUGUUGUAUUACUACAUGUGCAUUUCUGUGUGUUAAUUAUGGUAUGUGUGUUUUAUCAGCUGCUAAAUUAAGCCAAUGUUUGUUUCUUUAACGUGACAAAUGUAUGUCGUGCUUCAUUAACAGAAAACACAAAUGAUACUGGAUGCUAAAAUGUUAUUUAAGGCUAAAUUCAGUUGUAAUUUUUACAGCUUUACCUUGUACGUUUGUGAUGAUACUGUUAAUUCCUCAGGUCAAGUUUGUCUUGCUUGUUUGUUUAUGGAUGCAUGACAAAGUGGAAGACUCCAUAAAGACUUUCCUCUGUCGAUUAAUUACGGGUUGUGAAAUGGUAAUGGCCAAUUCUUAUUUUGCUACGCAGAUAAAUAGUGGUAGGCCUAUUAAAUUAUUGUUAAGACAUUUAUUUAACUACAAGAAUUAUUGCAUAUUAUAUAGGUUUUGUUUUAACUUCAAUUGUACAGUUUGAGUCAUUGCCUCGAAGCAACAAGAAACCCAACCACUUUUACUGCUUAUGUGUUGUUAAUCAAAUCCAUUUAUCAUUUAAGUUUCUAAUACCCCAAAUCCAUCAUUUCUUUAGGUUAUAAACUAGUUUUGGAAUUUAUGUAAUGUAAACAAUGAUAAAGUAAAGGAAUAUAGCUCA